AUGUUUUCCUCUUUUCCUAUCCCCCAUCCCCUUCCCCCUGCAAGCCCUCCACCUUGGCUCCCUCUCAUUCUAAUCAACAUCAAAAACGUUGCCAAUGGCCCCCAAACCAGAACCUUCGAGGCCGAGCUUCUCGCCUUGGAACGCUUUGCCGUCCUCUGCAUGGCCUUCGCCGACUUAGGCGGCCACGCAAAUGUAUGGGUCAAUCCCAUCCUCCUCAACAUCCAGAACGUCAACAACGAACAUCUGAAACACAUCUUUCACUGGGCUACGCAAUACAAAGAUCUGCCCAAGGAGCAGACUAUGGUUGAGCUGAUGGCUACGCGUAGGAAGAGCGGGCACAAUAAAGUGGAAGCGAAGGCUUCGGAAGCAUUGCCAGCGGAGCGGGCCGCGGCUCGUGAAAGGAUCAAAAUCCAUACUUGGGAUGGGGGGUAA